AUGCCCACCCAAGGCACCCGUCCCACCACUGCCAACCCAGGGCACCCGUCCCACAUCCUGCCCACCCAGGGCAACCGCACCACAUCCUGCCCACCCAGGGCACCCGUCCCACAUCCUGCCCACCCGGGGUACCCGUCCUACAUCCUGCCCGACCAGUGCGGCCGUCCCACAUCAUGCACACCCAGGGCACCCGUCCCACAUCCUGCCCACCCAGGGCAACCGCACCACAUCCUGCCCAUCCAGGGCAACCGUACCACAUCCUGCCCACCGAGGGCAACCGUACCACAUCCUGCCCAUCCAGGGCAACCGUACCACAUCCUGCCCACCGAGGGCAACCGUACCACAUCCUGCCCACCCAGGGCAACCGUACCACAUCCUGCCUACCCAGGGCACCCGUUCCACAUCCUGCCCACCCUGGGCACCCGUUCACCAUCCUCCCUACCCAGGGCACCCGUCACGCAUCCUGCCCGACCAGGGCACCUGUCCAACAUCCUGCCCACCCAGGGUACCCGUCCCACAUCCUGCCCACCCAGGGUACCCGUCCCAUAUCCUGCCCGACCAGGGCACCUGUCCAACAUCCUGCCCACCGAGGGCACCCGUCCCACAUCCUGCCCACCCAGGGUACCCGUCCCAUAUCCUGCCCGACCAGGGCACCUGUCCAACAUCCUGCCCACCGAGGGCACCCGUCCCACAUCCUGCCCACCCAGGGGACCCGUCCCACAUGCAAUGACAAGUCAGUUGUUAAAAAAACACGGCAAUACACGGUAUAUGUCAAAAUAG